AUGUCCUCCAAGAACCCAACGCCAUCCGUGGACGAGAUCUACGGCCUGAUAUCCCUGGUCACGCGUGAAAGUGAAAAUAGUCAGCGUGUUCUGACUGCGAAGAGCGUGGAUAUAACCAAUCCGGUGGAUAUCAACGUAUAUGCGGCGAAGAGAGGGAUGAAUUGGAAAAAGGAAUUGCAGAGGUUGAAUGAGGACUUCCCAGUUGUGGUUUUUAGUAAGACUUACUGCCCGUACUCCCGGAAAGCUAAACAGCUUCUGCAGGCAUAUGAACUUUCUCCGCCGCCCAAAAUCAUUGAGGUCGAUUUACGAGAAGACGCUGCCCAACUCAAGACGGUGUUGACAAGACUUACUCGCCGGUCUACUUUCCCGAACAUACUUCUGCGAGGCAAAUCAAUCGGCGGUUCGGACGAUCUACACGCUUUGCACAACGCAAAUGCAUUGAGGGACAUGUUCCAAGAAGCUGGGGUGGACGUAAACGGAGAUUUCAUGUAG